AUGGCCGGGCCGGGGCGGGCGCAGGAGGCCCUGCAGGAGCGCUACCGCCUGGGUUCCCUGCUGGGGCGCGGCGGAUUCGGCAGCGUCUGGUCAGCGACGCGGCUCUUGGAUGGCGCCCCGGUGGCCAUCAAACGCGUGCCGCGGGAUCGCAUCCGGCACUGGAGCGAGCUGCCCGACGGCACCAGCGCGCCCCUGGAGAUCGUGCUGCUGGCCAAGGUGUCCUGUGGCUGUGCUGGUGUCAUUCAGCUCCUGGAGUGGCUUGAGCUCCCCGACAGCUUCUUGAUGGUGCUGGAGCGUCCAGAACGGUGCCAGGAGCUGUCGGAUUUCCUGGCGGAGCGGAGGUUCCUGCCGGAGGAGGAGGCGCGGGGGCUGUUCCGCCAGGUGCUGGAGGCCGUGCGGCACUGCACCAGCUGCGGGGUCCUGCACAGGGACAUCAAGCCUCAGAACAUCGUGCUUGACCUGGCCAGCGGGCAGCUGAAACUGAUCGACUUUGGCUGUGGCGCUUUCCUCCAAGACACAGCCUACACCCAGUUUGCAGGAACCCUGGCCUACAGCCCUCCAGAGUGGACCCAGCACCAAAGCUACCAUGGCGAGGCAGCAACAAUCUGGUCCCUGGGCCUCCUGCUGUACCAGCUGGUUGUGGGGAAGCACCCGUUCAGGAGGGGCCAGGAGAUCAUCUGGGGGCGCAUCUUGUUCCCACCACGGCUCUCUCAAGAAUGCCAAGAUGUCAUUAAGAGGUGUUUGUCCAUGCAACCCUUGGACAGGCCAUCAUUAGAAGAGCUUUUCUGCCAUCCUUGGGUGCAGGGUGCUCCUCGGCCCUAGAAGAUGAGAGAGAUCCAUGUGCACAGUUGGAUCCAGGGGCCUGGCAGGUAGGAGCUCCACACAUCUCUUGGCACUCAGUGGCAAAGCAAACCAGACUGGUUUUGUCCUGCCUGUAGCUCUGAGCAGGGGUCAGCAGAAGGGAACAUGCAGCUCUUGAGCUGGAGCUGAGCUGGAGACCUGGUGUGGCAAGCACUGGUGGCCACCAUCCCCCCUGGUUUUGCUUGUCUGGU